AGUGGCCGGUGCUUGCGCAAUAUCAUGCGGUAUUAUUUUUUUAAAAAAAGAGUAUCUUUGGAAGAGAGAGGGUGAGGGCAACGAGGAGUUGUCCAGUAUUUUUCAGUGUCUUUCUAAAAUAAUAAGACUGAGAAACGAUGAAUGCCUUGGGUUGUGUGAGAGUUACAUUAAUUUUUGCAAUUGCAUGUAUAUCAAGAUGCAACAGUCAGCAACCGUGUGAAGCUGUGGAUGGGGAAGUUACAUUUGCGGAUAGAUGUGGUGGUGAUGAUAAAGGGCUAUGUAGAAGAGGAUGGUACUUUCAGGUGUCCACAAAUAACUGUGAAGGAUUAGGAUCAGCUGCCGAUACAUGCGUACCAUGUGAGGAAGAAACAUACAUGCCUAAUUACAAUCAUUGUACAACAUGCCUAAUAACAACUAAAUGCAAGGAUAAUGAAAAAGAGAGUAAAGUACCAACUUCCACUUCUGACAGAGAAUGCAUUCCAAAACCCACCACUGCUGCUCCAGCUCCUCAAUGCCCAACACAAAGCAGCUGCCCACCAUGUCCAACUUGCCCAAAAUGUCCAUCGGACGUGUACCCUCACACCAGUGGUCAGGAAAUCAGUGACAGCCCAACAACUACUGCCAUGUCAUCUGUAGCAAAUACAGCAAUGGUGCCUGGUCCUCGGACAGGGGCUGAGGAGUAUUGGAAGUGGAUGGCUAUCGGUUUUGGCAUUGCGUUUGCGGUAGCUGCUUUGGUGAUAGUAGCAUUGAUCUGCAUAAUAUGUAGAACAAGACGAGGGAGAAAACAAGAGGUUGGUGAACGGUGCAAAAGAAAAGACAAUAAUGGAGAGUUUGAAAGGGAUAUUGAAAAUCCUCCAAAUGAGGGUCAGAGAAAUGAGCCAGGUGAAGGUCACGAGUUGGGUAACUUGAAUCGCAUAAAUAGGCAUAGACGACAAGAAUCAGACGAAAAUAAUGAACCAAAUGAUAUGGACGACACACGCGUAAAUUUCUUAAAUGAGUGUGGAAGGCGAGAACUAGAUGAAGCUCACGAACAAAAUGAGAUCGAAAAUGGAAGUCACCCAAAUGGUCUUGGAAGGCAAGAGCAAAAUGAAGCCCAUGGACAAAAUGAGAUAGACAUAUUCACAAAUAAGAGUGGGAGAAAUGAACCAGAUGAAGGUUGCGUUGGUGAAGUUCAGCCUGCAGCGCAAACACUUAAUGACUUGGGGAUAUCUUCCCCAGGGGAGGAUAAAGCGCCAGAGCCACGGAGCAACUCAUUUUCUGCUGGAGGUCAUUCUAAUCCUGGUCCGAGUUCAGGGAGCAUAACUUCUAUGUCUAUAGAACCAGCUACGAAUGUUCAAAGUAUCCCGUCCAAUGAGGACAGUGGGAGUUAUGAUACCAGCGGAAACACACCCAGUACACAGGCACUUUUAAAACAUUCACCACACCUUGAGAGUCGCAAUAGGAACACUAAGACUGAGAAUGGACGGAAAGGCUCUCGCAAUACGGGAUCAUCAAAGCCAAGUGAGAGUAUGGAGCCACUUCUGAGUAACUCUAGUUGUGAGACAAAUGAAUUGCAAUCGGGAGAUUCAGUGUCAAGAAGACAAGAUGCAACAAGUAUACCAAUAUCAAGAUAUGACAGCUCAUACGACUUUGAAGCUGAUGAAAGUACAGAAAGACCAUGCGGCCGGACAACCUUUUGUGAAGAAUCGCAUAUAAACUUUGUCGCCAAAGAAGUCACUAUUUCAAAAAGGACAAGUUUUUUUAACGAGCUGAACAUUCCGAGCAAAAAAGUUGAAGAAAUAUUCCAUGACAAUAGUAGUUCUAACAGCAUACGAGAACAAAUUCGUGCAGUUCUUUGUUGGUGGUUGCGAUCACAGGAGGAACAACCAAUAGUAAAGAUAUUCGCUGCUUUGCAGGAGAGCGGAAAUGCCGACGUCAUCAGAGAGUUUAAGAAGAAAUUUAAGGUGAAACGAAUUUAGUAAAAGGAAGAAUAUUGAUUCAACUGAGACCAGCAGAAGGACAUCAGCAGUGAUGCUUAACAUAAAUUAUUAUGUUUAGAAUGACAGAAUCUGUAAUAUGAUAGACAACAAGCCAAUUUUCAGCCAUGUAAGAUAUCGUCGGUUUUGGUUCUUGGGCCGUACUACCACCUGAAUGGGAACUAGCUAGUGGCCAUUAUACUUAAGAGCUAAGAUUAAUCUACAUUGAUAAGAAGUGUGAUGUCACAAUUCAAAAUCACUAUGGUGAUAUUGACAACAUGUUAUGAGAUGAAUUUUAUAUACAGUGUGUCUCAAAAACAACUACACACUUUUGAAAUGGCUGCUGAAUUAAAAGUAUAUGAUUCUGUGGGGAAAGGUUUAGGUGUAUGGAUAGCUUAUGGCCUGAAAUUUCAUAUGGCACCAAAAAAUCCAACAAUAAUUUAUGAUUGGGUGAGCACUGCUCACGGAGAGUUAAAAAUUAGGCUGCGCAGGAAUGGACCCUUCCCAUGAAAUAUGCUAAUCACAUUCAGAGGAAACAUGUUGUUGCUUGCUCCACAGUCAAAUCUGCUUGUUCUCACCCAUACACUCUAGCCCUUUCGUAUUGUACUACAGUGACGUCCUGGAUAUCAGGGUACAUU